CUCUUGUACUGGGAUCAAGGCCGAUGGAAAGAGGCCGAAGAGCUAGAUGUGCAAGUGAUGGAGACGAGUUUGAAGAUGCUGGGUGCAGAGCAUCUAGACAUGCUGAUGUUAAAUACAGAGUAUUCAGAUAUACUGGCCAGUAUGGCCAACCUUAUCUCUAUAUAG